ACGACACACGGGGUGUACUUCCGGCAGCCUCUCCACCGUAGAUGGGGGGAAGAGAUGAACAUCUGGUUGAAAAGACGGCAAAUAUCGUGUGUUUAUAUCGAAAUCAACUGUUAAAAAUGUAACAUAGAGUGUUACUCUUCUGUGUGUGUCAGAGAAGAAUAAUUUCAAAGGCGGGAAACGGCGUGUAAGUUGCAUUGCUCCAGUGGUGUUGAAAACAAAAGCUAGCUUGCUGGCUAGCCUUCUACCAACCACUCCCCCUCGCAGGAAACAGCCAGCCACCACACAAUGCAAGCAGCGUCACCGCCCCAAGGCAAGUCCUUGUCUAACCGGGGGCUCCAGUAGCCCACCCAUGCCUGUGAUCCCCAUCCCUCGGCGGGUGCGCAGCUUCCAUGGCCCCCACACCACCUGCAUGCACUCGGCCUGCGGCUCCACGCACGCCACCAAGCUGGUGCGCACCAAGUACAACAACUUUGACCUCUACCUGCGCUCGCGCUGCAUUUACAGCUUCCUGCGUUUCCUGCUCUACUUCGGCUGCAGUCUGCUGACCUCCCUGCUGUGGGUGGCGCUGUCCGCGCUGUUCUUCGUGCAGUACGUGAGCGUGCGCGUCCUCCUGCGCUUGCAGUACAAGCUGUCUGUCAUACUCAUCUUGCUUGGACACAGGCGCUUGGACUUCGGGGUCGUGAACGACCUGAUCAUCUACAGCAUGCAGAUCACAAUGUUCAUGGUGGGGGGGCUCGGCUGGUGCUUCAUGGUGUUUGUGGACAUGUAGCUUUUUGGAUAUUGUACCUUACAUAACGUUGAAAAUGUUCUGUUUUUGCAAAAGUGAUGCAUGAGGAAAUGAAUGUGAUCUCAGAGGACUAAAAUGUUCAUUUCGUGCCAUUUGUAGUUCAGGUAAUUCAGGUGCAGCUUGGAGUUCUUCGGUUUGCCAAUCCAAAUUACGAAUCCUUCCUUAUGUUUAAUCCAGGCUUUUCUGAAUCCAGACCUCAAAUAUACACCGGACUGCAAAGGCACAUUAAACAUAAACAGGCACUCUAAUUCAGUUUUUUCAAAACUUCUUUACAGCAGAGCACUCCUGUUGCAGGAUCUUUGACCAGUGAUUUUACAUCACGUCCUUAAACGCAGCAGAGAACCGCUCUCAUGUAGAAGAUCUUUGCCUUUCCUUGAUGUAGCAACCAGAACAGUGCAAUGGAAUAGUCCUGAUGUUCAGCAUCCUGUAUGUUGGUAGCAAUAUCUGAUGUGUUUGAAUGCAUUUGGGGGUUGGGGGGACCAUAGUUCAUUUCAGGUGGAAAUGUUUGGGAAAGCCUGGUUUAGCUGUUGUGCAACACUGAACGAGAGGCGUUAUUGAUUCUGUCUACACUAAAACAUGAUUCUUUAUUGGAAUAAAAUGUCUCAUUGUCUGUAUUUUCUUGUCACA